CUUCACCUCGCCUUUGUGUCAACGCGUACAGGUCAACCUCACUACAAAGCCACGAUGGCCGACAACACGCAGCCCCCUCCCAACGCAGACACUGAGGUUAUGGAUGACUUGGACGCCGGCGUCGACGCGGAGAUCCACCCCGAGAACAGUCAACUACCAGACGCCAUGAAUCUCGACGGCGCAAACGACACAGAAGCACCCCAGAGAAACGGCGUCGCCGCAGAAAACCCUAUAGAAGCGCGCAUCCCCGCGAAGAAGGAUGCGACGCUGCGCGAAUUCCUCUCUAAGAUGGAUGAGUUCGCGCCUAUCCUCCCAGAUGCAGUCACCAACUACUAUCUCACACGCGCUGGUCUGCCGCCGCCUCCACAGACUUCGCCUCAUCUUGCGCGCCUCCUUGCGCUCGCGACCCAGAAAUUCAUUGCCGAUAUCGCUGCCGACGCAUACCAGUUCUCGCGCAUACGAGCGUCCAAUACUACCAGUAACAAUCCGAUGGGCGGACUAGCUGGUGGGGCAGGGCCUCAAGGUGCAGCAGCACCCGGCGGAGCGCAGAGCGGCAAGGACAGCAGUGCGAAAGCCAAAGAUCUCGCCUUAGGCGCGCCGCGUGCAGGAUUUGGUGGAGGCGGACAGGGUGGUGGACAAGGCCGAACCGUGCUCACUAUGGAGGAUUUGGGCAUGGCCGUGGGCGAGUACGGCGUCAACAUCAAACGUGGCGAGUUCUACCGGUAAGGACCCACCUCAAUGUUUGCAUCACGCAACACGAUCUGGACGGAGGCCACUAUUACAACGGCCUCGACGCACUUAUGGAAUGAUGGCUGUGCUCUUUCUACAGCAUUAGCAGGCGGACUUCCGUGCUGAGGCCUAAGGCGCCAGCAGCGGAGAUUCACUUGUAGACGCUUUCACAACAUGGGAGGCGUUGGCUUUGGCGUUGAGGCAACUUUUUGCAUUGGAACCCACAAAGUUUGGGUUUGUGCUGUUUUGUACAAGUAGCGAUACAAAGGGGUUUUAGCAUAUGCCCCAAAUUGAUACCCAGAACUCCAAGAUAUGC